AGCCCACUGCGUACGAAACCUGUCACCGUUCUUGCCUUUAGGUUGAGCCAUAGAAUCACUAUAAUCAUUAUACUAGGCAUCUGCUCAUUUGCUUCGAACUUUUGAAUUUAUCAACCAUCGAAUGAUUACUUGGAAGCAGGGUUAUGAAAGGCAAACGGAAGGACCGCAGGAAGGAGCUAGACUCUGCAGUCUAUAACGGACAGGAGUAUCGUCCCGGGGAUUGUGUUCUUAUAAACCCUCAUGACGACGCUCCGGCAUACAUUGGGCGCAUUAGGAAGAUCUCCCAGGCGCUCAGCGACCCAGCUGACGUGGAGCUGGAGGUGGCCUGGUUUUAUCGCCCGGAGGAGGCUGUAGGUGGACGAAAGAUUUUCCAUGGGGAGUCGGAAGUUUUCGAGUCCUCGCAUCAGGACAAGGCGCCACUGGCGGCCAUCUUGGAUCGCUGCUUCGUGCACAGCAUGGAAACCUAUGAGUCUUUGAAGGACCGCAAGGAAACUGACUUUUUCUGCCGACUCGUGUAUAAGCCCCAGACCAAGCAGUUCGAGCCCGACGAAGUACCUGUGUACUGUGAAUGCGAGCUGCCGUAUAACCCCGACCGACCUAUGGUCAUGUGUGGAACUUGCGAAGAAUGGUACCACCCUCAAUGCCUUGGCUUGGGACCCGAAGUCUUCCAGCAGGAGAACUUUGUGUGCCCCAAGUGCAGCGGCUCCGGGGCGCCAGCUAAGAAACAGCGUGCGGUGAUGGCAGGAAGUGUUGAUGUGGGCGGCGGUCCCGCGUCAACGGCGUAA